GUAGCCCGGUGUUGUCGGCGCGCGGCAAUACAUGGCGACACAAAUACAUCAUAUAAAAUAUGUAACUGCUGCAUUUAUCGUCUGCGGCUUUAUCAUACUCGUCAACAUGAACGAGAAGCUAAGUGUAGUUCUUUUUGGUGACCUUGCUGUAUUGGGAGCUACGGCGUUCUGCUCAAUCAUGUUUAUAUACAUAUGCGUGUCUUGCCUGAAAAGAAAUCGCGGUCAGCCGCUAAUUUCUCCCGCAAACCAGGCCACCCAACCAAAGGAUGUUCGAAAACCACUAGUAGAUAAAGAUGGCCUGUGCAUAGUUGCCAAUAACCUGGACACCCUUAACACCGUCACGGAGGAGGUUCAACAGUCUUACCCAUGGCCAAUCGUACAACACCUCGUCACCAACCAAAGAGAAAUCGCUGACCUGCCCACCUACCAAUACGCCAUCUGUUGUGUUCGCAACGCUCCCAGGAUCAUCUCGUUCAACGAACACGGAGAACUUCAGCCGGAGGCAGACCUGGGAUUUCGCGCUUUUGACAAGAUGGAAAGGUCUACAGAGCCUAGUGGUGUGAUUGUCAUCCUGUUCAAUCACCCCAGAAGUAAGGACAUUUCCGAAUUGCACUGCUUGGAAGGAAUCACUCCAUCACGCCUGAAGGACCUAGCAUACAACAAGCGUUUCUUAUCCGUUUACAGACAAUUCAACAAAAAUCAGAGAGAAAGGAUCAAAGAGUGUUUCAAAGUCAAACCAUGAAUUGCAAUUUGUUUUUGUUUUCUGCUAUCAAAACAUUAAUGUUAUAAGGACAUUAAUCUUUGCUAGGAUGAAAUUUAAUUAGCACGCACAAAUUAUCAUGGGGAAACAAAAAAACCGCUUGCGUAGUGAGUGAUACUACAUUGUUCAGAUUUAAGAAAACUUGGGAAGAUGGUUUGCAAAAACAGGUCUAGCUUGCUAUUAAUCUAGUAAGGGUCUUUCUUUUUUAACAUCUAUUAACUUUUUUUGCUAAAAGGCUGCAUAACGAUUAACAUAGAUAUUCUUUUUCUGUAAAUCGCUUUCUCAUUGAUGAGAUGAAUGUUAACCAUAUGGAUGUUAUAAGCAGCAGCAUCUUUUAAUAAAUGGGUUACCAAAAUGUUUGAUGUGUAUUUUUCAAAUUUGUAACACACAUGUCCCGAAAGACCUUCAAUGAAAGUGCCUGCAUUAUACACUGUACAUGUUGUUACACAAUAACCCAGCAGGCCACAAAAUGUUUGUUAGAAAUAUUUCUGAGAUAUCAUUAAAUGACGUUACGCUUUUUAA